CCGGCCCUUGUAAUAUAAACACAAACACGGGAAAAAAAGAAGAGAAGAACGGAAGGGAAAGAUCGAUCCCCAAAAUCAAGUGGCAGUAAGCAAUUAGGGUUUACGAGAGAUCUUUCUCUCUUCAUUUCCAAAGACGUUUCAGGUAAUUUUUCUUUUCCUAUAGUAAUCUGUUCUCAUCUCUUUGCUCUUCUUAUUCUUCGAUGACUGAUACAAUCUAAUUUUGAAUCGGGUGGUUUAUUAACGUAGUUGGGUGGCUGGCUGGCUGGCUGCACCGCCGUAAGCUUUUUUUGGCCACAAUUAAAAUUUAUUUGCAUUUUCUGUUCAUUGACGUGCUAGGGUUUAUUUCCAAGUGUUCCAUUUGAUUUUAUUCUUAAUUGACUGGCUAGACCCCAAGGGCAAGAAAGAACUCGGCGUAUUAUAUUAGAAGCAGGGGGAUCGGUUAUGCUUAUUGAUGUUUCAUUGAUUGAGCAUUAAAAUAAGUAAGCGAGCGAGUAAUUAUGGAGGACGUGAAACAUAAAUCUAGAAAAGAUGAUUCGGAACGGAAGGAGGAGAAAGAGGAUUCAAAGAGGAGUCAUAGAGAUAGGGACAGGGACAGGAAUGGAGAGAGGCAUCGAGACAGAGAGAAGAGAGAACGUGAAAGCAUCAGGCGUUCUGAGAGAGACAAGAGUAGUGAUUCUGAUGAAAAGGAAAGGGAGAAAGAGAAGCAUAAAGACAGGGAUAGAGACAGGGAUAAGGAUAGAGCAGCAAGGAGUAGGGAUGGUGAUAAAGAGAGAGCUAAGGACAGAAACAGAGAUAGAGACAAGGACAGAGAGGAGAAGAGGGAUAGGGACAAGGACAGAGAGGAGAAGAGGGAUAGGGACAAGGACAGAGAGGAGAAGAGGGAUAGGGACAAGGACAGAGAGGAGAAGAGGGAUAGGGACAAGGACAGAGAGGAGAAGAGGGAUAGGGACAAGGACAGAGAGGAGAAGAGGGAUAGGGACAAGGACAGAGAGGAGAAGAGGGAUAGGGACAAGGACAGAGAGGAGAAGAGGGAUAGGGACAAGGACAGAGAGGAGAAGAGGGAGAGGGAGAGGGCAAAGGAGAAAGAGAAAGAGAAAGAUAGGGAAAGGGAAAGGGAGAGAGAUAGAGAAAGGGAGAGGAAGGAGCGUGACAGGGAAGAAAGGAAGAGGGAGAGGGAAAGGGAGAGGAGGACUAGGGAAAGGGAAAAGUAUAGGGAAUUGAGCAGUGACAGUGAUGAUGAUUCCAACAAUCGUGAUAAGAAGCGGCGAAGAAGAGAUGAUGAUGACUGCAAGGAGAGAGUGCGCGAACAGAGCAUUAGCAGGUCAAACAGGCACAGGGAUAACAGUGAAGAGAUCUUGAGGAAAAAGAGUGACGAGGAGGACUCUGAUAAGAAUGUGAUUAAAACCAGAGAAGAGGAGUUAGAACAGGAGCAGAAGAAGUUGGACGAGGAGAUGGAGAAGAGGAGGAGGAGAGUCCAGGAAUGGCAAGAGCUAAGGAGGAAGAAGGAAGAAACUGAGAGAGAAAAGCAUGGGGAAGAAGCUAAUGUUAAUGAACCCAAGACUGGUAAAACCUGGACUCUUGAAGGAGAAUCCGACGAUGAAGAAGCACCUCCCACCGGAAAAUCAGAGACGGAAAUGGACCUGGAGGAAAAUGCAAAACCUGAUGAAGAAGUUGAAGAUGCAAUGGUAGUGGACACUGAGAAUGAAAUCUCUGCUCCACAAAAUGAGGAUGAUGUCGUUAAUGGGGAUGAGGAAAUUGAUCCACUUGAUGCUUUUAUGAAUUCUAUGGUGUUACCUGAGGUUGAGAAGCUAAACAGUACUUUAGUUACUCAUACUGCUGAUGACAAUAAAACAGACUUGAAGAAUAAGGAUAAGAAGGAAGAGCGAAUCAAUGGAGAACAGAGGAAGAAAGGCUCUCAUAAAUCUCUAGGGAGAAUUGUUCCAGGGGAAGAUUCUGAUUCAGACUAUGGGGAUCUUGAAAAUGGUGAAGAUCCUCUAGAAGAGGAGGAUGAUGAUGAGUUCAUGAAGAGGGUGAAGAAAACAAAAGCUGAGAAACUGUCCAUUGUUGACCACUCAAAGAUUGAUUACAAUCCUUUCCGGAAGAAUUUCUAUAUUGAAGUGAAGGAGAUCUCGAGGAUGACUCCUGAGGAGGUUGUUGCAUAUAGGAAAGAACUGGAGUUAAAAUUACAUGGAAAGGAUGUGCCAAAACCAAUUAAAACCUGGCACCAGACAGGACUCACAAGUAAAAUUCUAGAGAUGAUAAAGAAGCUUAAUUAUGAGAAGCCAAUGACAAUUCAAGCUCAGGCCCUGCCUAUAAUCAUGAGUGGCCGGGACUGCAUAGGCAUUGCAAAAACUGGUUCAGGCAAAACCCUUGCAUUUGUGCUGCCAAUGCUGAGGCAUAUCAAGGACCAGCCUCCUGUGGAAGCUGGAGAAGGACCGAUUGGGCUUGUAAUGGCACCCACAAGGGAGCUUGUGCAGCAGAUCCACAGCGAUAUAAAGAAGUUUGCUAAGGCCCUGAGUAUCAGAUGCGUGCCUGUAUAUGGAGGUUCUGGUGUUGCCCAACAAAUUAGUGAAUUAAAACGGGGGACAGAGAUAGUUGUCUGUACUCCAGGCAGAAUGAUUGACAUACUGUGCACCAGUGGAGGAAAAAUCACUAAUCUUCGCAGAGUUACAUAUCUGGUUAUGGAUGAAGCUGAUCGGAUGUUUGACAUGGGGUUUGAACCUCAAAUCACUAGAAUUGUCCAGAAUAUUCGCCCAGAUCGUCAAACUGUACUCUUUUCUGCGACUUUCCCUCGACAGGUUGAAACUUUGGCUCGUAAAGUACUGAACAAACCUGUGGAAAUACAGGUCGGUGGGAGGAGUGUGGUGAAUAAGGACAUCACUCAGCUGGUUGAGUUAAGAACAGAAGAUCAAAGGUGGCUUAGGCUUUUAGAACUACUUGGUGAAUGGUACCAGAAGGGAAAAAUUUUGAUAUUUGUCCAAUCACAGGACAAAUGUGAUUCAUUGUUUCGGAACUUACUGAAGUUUGGUUACCCUUGCCUCUCACUUCAUGGGGCUAAGGAUCAGACAGAUCGUGAAUCCACCAUUUCGGAUUUUAAGACCAAUGUCUGCAAUUUGAUGAUUGCAACAAGUGUUGCAGCCAGAGGUUUAGACGUGAAGGAUCUAGAAUUGGUGAUCAAUUAUGAUGUUCCAAACCACUAUGAGGAUUAUGUUCACCGUGUUGGUCGGACUGGCCGAGCUGGUCGCAAAGGCUGUGCCAUCACAUUUAUCUCCGAGGAUGACGCGAGAUAUGCACCAGAUCUUGUAAAAGCGUUGGAACUCUCUGAGCAAGUUGUUCCACAAGAUUUGAAAGCUCUUGCUGAUGGUUUUAUGUCAAAAGUGAAUCAGGGUCUUGAGCAAGCCCAUGGAACAGGUUAUGGUGGAAGUGGUUUUAAAUUCAAUGAAGAGGAGGAUGAAAAGAGAAUGGCGGCAAAGAAAGCACAGGCAAAAGAAUAUGGCUAUGAGGAUGAGAAGUCUGAUUCAGAAGAUGAAGAUGAAGUUGUUCGGAAGUCAGUUGGUGACGUCUCGCAGCAGACUGCCCUUGCUCAGCAGAUAGCUGCUCUUGCUGCUGUCUCAAAAGUCCCCAUGCCUGCACCACCAAUUUCUCACUCUGUUGCUCAAUUGCUUUCUAAUGGUGGAUUACCUGUUCCUCCCAAUCCAGGUCCAGCUGUUGUUUCUGUUACUGGGCUGCCUUUUGUUCCAAAUAAUGAAGGGGCAGCCAGGGCAGCAGCACUUGCAGCUGCCAUGAAUUUGCAACACAACCUGGCAAGGAUCCAAGCUGAUGCAAUGCCUGAACAUUAUGAAGCAGAGCUGGAAAUCAAUGAUUUUCCCCAAAAUGCUAGGUGGAAGGUUACCCACAAGGAAACUUUGGGCCCAAUUUCAGAUUGGACUGGGGCUGCCAUUACUACCAGGGGGCAGUUUUUUCCACCAGGCAAGGUGCCGGGACCGGGAGAACGCAAGCUCUACUUGUUCAUUGAGGGUCCUACUGAACAGUCUGUCAAGAGAGCUAAAGCUGACCUAAAACGUGUUUUGGAAGACAUCACGAACCAGACAUACCAACUUCCUGGUGGAACUCAACCAGGAAAAUACUCGGUUGUAUGAGUGUCUGAGUAGAAGAGCCCCAAAAGUCAAUUCUCGGAGAUGCUUGCUACUCCAAAUGAAGAAAGCAUAAACCAGAAUAGAAGGAUGGCAACAAGUUUAUUGUUGGUGUCCUGGAAUUCUUUUUUGACCCCAGGUUCUGCCUGCAUUGGGUUAUCGGCUACUCUGAUUGUGCAGCUAGAAUGGAUUUGAAACAGCUUAAUUGUUUAGCUCGAUUAGUAACGAUUAUAUAUAGAAAACAGUUCCAAGUUUUGAUCCAUUUACACAACAAUUUCUAUCAUCAGAAAGAAUCUGUUCUGCGAA